UACUGAGUGAGUCCGGAGAAGCAGUCUCAGAUCCUGACGGUGCAGGCAGCCCGCAGCCUCAGCUAGGGAGUCCCAGUCGCUUUCAAUGGAGGAGAAGCCCGGCCAGCCACAGCCUCAGCACCAUCACAGCCACCACCAUCCGCACCAUCACCCCCAGCAGCAGCAGCAGCCGCACCACCACCACCAUUAUUAUUUCUAUAACCACAGCCACAACCACCAUCACCACCACCAUCACCAGCAGCCUCACCAAUACCUGCAGCAUGGAACCGAGGGCAGCCCCAAGGCCCAGCCAAAGCCGCUGAAACAUGAGCAGAAACACGCCCUCCAGCAGCACCAGGAAACGCCGAAGAAGAAAACAGGCUAUGGUGAACUAAAUGGUAAUGCUGGAGAAAGAGAAAUACAUUUAAAGAACCUCGGUUCUGAUGAAGCUACCAACCCUAUUUCCAGGGUCCUCAAUGGCAACCAACAAGUUGUAGACACUAACCUGAAGCCGACUAUAAAGUCCAGCACCUUUGGGAAAGCAGGAAUUAAAACCAGGAAUUUCAUUCAGAAAAACAGUAUGGACAAAAAGAAUGGAAAGUCAUAUGAAAAUAAAUCUGGAGAGAACCAGUCUGUAGAUAAGAGUGAUACUGUAGCAAUUCCAAAUGGUGUUGUAACAAAUAAUUCUGGCUAUAUUACUAAUGGUUAUAUGGGCAAAGGAGCAGAUAAUGAUGGUAGUGGAUCUGAGAGCGGAUAUACCACUCCUAAAAAAAGGAAAGCUAGGCGCAAUAGUGCCAAGGGUUGUGAAAACCUUAAUUUAGUGCAGGACAAAAUAAUGCAACAAGAGACCAGUGUCCCAACCUUAAAACAGGGACUUGAAGCUUUCAAGCCUGACUACAGUGAACAAAAGGGAAAUCGAGUAGAUGGUUCGAGGCCCAUUUGGAAGUAUGAAACUGGGCCUGGAGGAACAAGUCGAGGAAAACCAGCUGUGGGUGAUAUGCUGCGGAAAAGCUCUGAUGUUAAACCUGGUGUGAGUAGCAAGAAGUUUGAUGAUCGGCCUAAAGGAAAGCAUGCUUCGGCUGUUGCCUCCAAAGAGGACUCGUGGACCCUAUUUAAACCACCCCCAGUUUUUCCAGUGGACAAUAGCAGUGCUAAAAUAGUUCCUAAAAUAAGUUAUGCAAGCAAAGUUAAGGAAAACCUCAACAAAACUGUACAGAACUCUUCUGUGUCACCAUCUUCAUCUUCAUCCUCUUCGUCAUCUACUGGGGAAAAUCAGACCCAAUCUUCGAGUCGGUUAUCCCAGGUCCCUAUGUCAGCGCUGAAAUCUGUUACUUCAGCCAACUUUUCUAAUGGGCCUGUUUUAGCAGGGACUGAUGCAAGUGUGUAUUCUCCAGGGGGUCAGCCACUGCUAACUACUGCUGCUAAUACUCUGACACCCAUCUCUUCUGGGACUGAUUCAGUUCUCCAGGAUAAGAGUCUGACUUCAGCAGCUGUUGAUCAAAUUAAAUCUAGCCUUUUUAUCUACCCUUCAAAUAUGCAAACUAUGCUGUUGAGCACAGCACAACAAGUGGAUCUACCCUCUCAGACAGAUCAGCAAAACCUGGGGGAUAUCUUCCAGAAUCAGUGGGGUUUAUCAUUUAUAAAUGAGCCCAGUGCUGGCCCUGAGACUGUUAUUGGGAAGUCAUCAGAUCAUAAAGUGAUGGAGGUGACAUUUCAAGGGGAAUAUCCUGCCACUUUGGUUUCACAGGGUGCUGAAAUAAUCCCCUCAGGAACUGAGCAUCCUGUGUUUCCCAAGGCUUAUGAGCUGGAAAAACGGACUAGUCCUCAAGUUCUGGGUAGCAUUCUAAAAUCUGGGACUACUAGUGAGAGUGGAGCCUUAUCCUUGGAACCCAGUCAUAUAGGUGACCUGCAAAAAGCAGACACCAGUAGUCAAGGUGCUUUAGUGUUUCUCUCAAAGGACUAUGAGAUAGAAAAUCAAAAUCCUCUGGCGUCUCCUACGAACACUUUAUUAGGCUCCGCCAAAGAACAGAGAUACCAGAGAGGCCUAGAAAGAAAUGAUAGCUGGGGUUCUUUUGACCUGAGGGCUGCUAUUGUAUAUCACACUAAAGAAAUGGAAUCUGUUUGGAAUUUACAGAAGCAAGAUCCCAAAAGGAUAAUCACUUACAAUGAAGCCAUGGAUAGUCCAGAUCAAUGAAGGACCAGACUGCCUAUUUGUAACCUUUCUGCAGCAUUAGAGCCACCGUUCAUGGGGGACACAAGGCUUUUAUGCUCCUAGAUCUUCAACGCAGCAGAGGAACCAUAAGUAGAAUCACAGGAUAAUAUAUACAAAUAUAUAUAUAUACAUAUAUAUAUAUAUAGUUAUUUAAAAAAAAGGCAACUGAAAGUAAUUAGACUUCUUAAGGAAUCAAAUUUAUUUCAAGAGACUACACAUGGUUAUUUAAUCUCCGGUACUGAAUAGUUUUUUUUUCUUAUGUUUUUGUUUUAAGUGUGAAUGCAAGUGAUUAAUGAAUACAGACUUGUUAACAAGCGUGGUUCUAAAGUUCCUGCUGUCAUCAACUUGGGCAACAAAUGACCUACUGGAAAGGCAAAUCCACUUAUGAAAUCUCUGUAUCUUGUUCUGUGACUAAAGUGAUACACUAAUCACAGGGAACCCAGAAUGAUUCAACAUUUCCCCCCACUCCUCCCUUAAUAUUUUGGUUAUACUUUGAGCCCUGCGAGAAUGCUGGAUAAAUGCCUUGAAGUUUGCAGGGGUGUAUUUUUUUUGUUUAAAUUUUUUUUUUUUUUUUUUUUAGCGAAUAUGAUUUGCAUGUCUUGCCAGGAGUUAAGCAGCCUCUGUGGGGUGUUGGGGAAGUAUUUUCUUUCCUUUAACUUUUUUGUGGGGUGGGGUUAGGGGAGGGCAUUGAAAUUAUACAGUUCUGGAAUAGUUGGUGGUACAUAGUUCACUUGGCUUUAGUUACCUAUUGGACUUUAACAAGUGACGAAUCCAUGAGUGUCAUUUAAAAGUUACAGAACAAACAAUUGGCUUUAGAUAUUUAAUAUGAAAAAAUAAUCCUGUGCCCAUCUUUUAAUGUAAUUGUAUAAGUGGGAGCAAAAAUAUAUUCUGCUUUUCAACUGUAGGUGCUCCGGACUUGCUCUCUGUCACUAACACUAAAUGUGCUGUUUUCCUUGUUUUUCAUCAAACACCUAAAGAGAAACUUGUGUACCUUUUUGUAAAUUCUCUUUUAAUUUCUCAGAAAUAUCUAAAAGGGAAGAAAAAUUCCAUGAAAUCUAUAAAACUUUUUAUGUUUUUAGCCAGUGAGAGGAUAAUAAACCCUGCCAAUAGAAGAUGUGUUUUCAUGCAAAUUAUACUUCUGAGCUUAUUAGCUUCUAAUUAUAUCUUAAAUAUAUUUUAUUACUAGAGCAAAAUGGGUUUUUUAAGGAAAAUAAUGUGAAGUUCUGGAAAUUUUCUUUUGGGCAAAGAAGAGCAUUAGCCCUGUCUUAUCACAUUGCCAUCCUGUUGCACUGCAGCUUGUAUAUAGCAUGCUAAAAUAAUUUUUUGUGUGUGUGCAGAAACAAAGGGUCCAAUUUAAGAUUGGGUGACGUCAGUGGCAUAAAAACAAGUUCUCUGGCCUGAGAUAGCAUCACAUUACACACACAGAAAUUAGUAUAUCCAUGUAUGUCAAAUACAGGUUAAAAUAGCAGGGCAUUUCUAUAGAGAGGUGUAGUCUUCUAAGAAAAGACUGGAUCCCCUGGGGUGUUUGGGGAGAAAGUAGCUACUUUUGCUCAAGUCCUUUGCUUAAGAAAUGUCCAGUUUUGAGCGGCCGUAGUAUGUAUGGAUGAGUUUUUUUGUUUUGUUGAUUCAUUUGAGGCUUUUAACAAGUAGUUUGUGAAAGAAGCUAUUGGACUCAACAUAGAGUAAAAUAUCUUUAUAGUCUGGAUUUCUGCCCUGCUUAGAUUUUAAAAGUAUAAGCAUGGAUUGCCAAUUCCACUUGAUGUAAACAAAACUUUUUAUA